AUGUCAGUAAAGAGAUCCAAGAAUCAGCUACGAAGGGAGAGACUUAAGCAGCGAAAGCUUGAAGAACAGAAAAGCAAGGAGACUAGGAGCAACAAAGAGGAUGGAUCAACGGAGUCGCCACUGGAAGAAAAGUCAACAGAGUCUGAUGCAAAAGUUGACCACAGUAAUCCAAUCCCAGAGAUUAAGAUGGAUGAGAAUGACCCACUUCUACAGCAAUUUGGAUCUGUUUUGAAGAAAUUUAACCCUAUCCCCACAGAGGAAGAAUCACAAUUAGUUGAAAUACCUAAUGGACACAAUCAUAGUGACGAAGAAGAUGCAUCGGAUGGCUCAGAUGAAGAUGAGCAAGCACAAACUACCAAACUAUCCAAAAGACAAUUGAGGCUACGAAAUAAAGUACCGUUAUCAUCCCUCAAGAUGUCCACCCACCGCCCAGAGAUAGUCGAGCCUACCGACGCUGAUGCACAAGAUCCUUACUUGCUAGUAUUUAUUAAAUCACAACCAAAUAUAAUCCCCGUACCGUCCCAUUGGAGCUCCAAACGUGAUUACCUUUCAUCUAAAAGAGGUAUAGAAAGACCACCAUUCCAGUUACCCAAAUUCAUUCGUGAUACCGGCAUUGAAGAAAUGCGACAAACAACCGGUGACGAUGAACGUACUUUAAAACAACAACAACGUGAACGAGUCCAAGUUAAAUUAGGUAGAUUAGAUAUGGAUUAUGAGAAACUAUAUCGUGCUUUCUUCCAUAAUCAAUCCAAGCCGAGAUUAUCCUCUUUUGGUGAGUUGUACGAGGAAGGUAAAGAGUUGGUGGAUGAAUUAACCCACGAGGCAAAGAAGUAUAAACCGGGUGUAGUUUCCAAGAAAUUGAGGCAAGCAUUGGGUAUGAAUGAAAAUGAUUUGAGUAUUCCACCGGCGUGGAUUAUGAUUAUGAGGGAUAUUGGUAAACCACCAUCGUACCAGGAUUUGAUUAUUCCGGGUAUCGAUGAGGAUUAUAAUAAUGGUGGGUAUAGAGAUAGGCAUGCGGAUGGAGAUGUGAAGGUGGAGCAUUGGGGGCGAAUUAAAACAGUUGCGGAGUCCGAAAGCGAAGAGGACGAGGAUGAGGAAGACAAAGACGAAGACGAAGAAGGGGAGAGUAAUAGCGAAAAUGAAGAGAAUAACGAUGUCGAUAGUAAUGGGCACGAGUCCGUGGCUGAUUCUGAUAGCGAAAGUGAUGAAGAAGAAGAUUUAGCAAAGAAGAGCUCAUUAAAAGACGUCCUAUUUAAUAUGUUUGGCAAUGAAAAGUCAUCACCAAAGGCUGGCGAUCAAAAGGUGGCUAAUAAUGAUGCUACUAAUUAA